AAGAAGUUUGUCCUCCGUCAUGAAACCAGUGAACUAUAAACAUGCACGGGAUUUUUUUUUGGUUGUUGGAUGGUGUUUCUACGGUAAAUCAGAUAUUUCUGGUUCGAAAUGGCGGAAAGUUCAGAAACGACAGAGAAAUGGCGCUACGUGAUUGCUUUAGGAAAGUUUGUUGUUCAUAUGAUCUACCCCGGUAUGACGAAAGCUAUUUCUGUCCUCGUUCCCGCCAUGGUCUUCCAGUUUCAGAUGGAUUACACAACGAUUGGAUUUCUUGUUCCAAUGCAGCUUGGGCUGUUUUAUAUUGCAUGUCCUCUGAGUAAUUACAUGGCGACAAAGUUUGGCCAUCGUUGUGUGUCAUCAAUUGGCGGGUUCUUAUCAGGAGUAUCUAUGAUGGGGGCCUUCUUCUGUCAGUCAGCACUCUCUCUGGGAUGCUCAUUCUUCUUUACAGGGUUAUUCUCGUCACCGUUAUGCCAGAGUUCAACAAUUAUUUUGCGUGAACACUUUGGGGAGAAGUAUGGCAUGGCCAUAACCUUUACACAAAUGGGAGGACAGAUUGGAGGUAUCAUUUUCCCUUAUACAACUGCUCUGUGUCUGGAAGCAUACGGAAUGAGGGGAGCCAUGCUCUGUUUAAGUGGUAUCUUCUUCUACCAAACAGCGAUUGGCGCCACUUUUAGAGCACCUCAGUCACCUACAGUCAAAAAGAAGAAACGGCACAACCGCGGAGAGGAUGAUAUCGAGGGAUCGACUCUAUUGCAAGGUCAAGAAGACGAGACCUAUCUUCGAAAGAACAAGCUUCGAACUGAAAGUCUCAGUACUGACGAGGGUACCAGCGAUGAAAGUAGAAUUCGAAAAGACACGGAAUCUCAAAAAUCCAAUCCGGCAGAAAACUUGAUUGCAGAAGUGUUGUCAAUUUUACCUUUGGGUCUAUUCAGAAAGGAACUCGUCUUCACCUUUAUCUUUAUCCCUUGUCAAAUCAUUCUUGAAGGAUGUUUCGCCAUUUGGGCAACUUUCUCUGCAUCAUAUGGAAUGUCAGUCGGUCUCCAUGAGAAUGAAGCAGUAUAUCUCCCCAUGAUUGGUUCGUUGGGUGGCAUCACCAGUCGACUGUUACUCUUAGGAAUCCUGUACAAUCAUCCUCACCUAGCACCUCACGCUUUCUCAGUCAACACAGUAGUAGCAUCUAUGGCGCUGCUGGCACAUCCUAUUAGCUCAUCGCUGGUUCACCUUCUAAUCUGUUCAUUUUUCGUAGGAUUCGGCAUUUAA